UGGACACCUUCCUCAGCGCACGGGACGCUCGACGAUUGAUUGAGGCAAGAAUAUAUUUGCUCUGUACACAGAACACAGAGAAAAACGUUGCGCAGAUCUAAUGUCCUUAAAGCACGGCAAUAAAACCGAAGCCUGAAGUUUAACUCGCGGAUCUUUGCGCUGCUCUCCUUCAGUGAGCAUCAGCUUGAGCGAGAACCUGCGGCUCUCCUCCCACUGCACUCCGUGGGUUUUGAAUGGAGAACAAGACAAUGUAUCUGACCACCAAUGAGGACAGGGAUAACAGCUCAUUCUAUGAGGAGGGCUAUGAUGGGAUGAAUCUUUCAAAACUCAACCUGUGUGAAGAAGUAGGUUCAGCAAAGGGCAGGAGAAAAACUAAUAAUUGCUGUUGUCAAUUGGAUUCCUUCUCUGCAAUCAAAUAUGCCAUUGUGUCCCUUUAUAUUCUGGUACUGCUCACCAUAUUUGGCCUCUCCAUAGCAGUAUCAAAAUCCCAUGCAUCCUCAAAGAGGGAAGAGGCACUGCUGGAGAAUGUGACUCGUCUGGGGGAGCACUCUGAGACCUUGCAGAGAUCUCUUAGCCAAUUGCCCUCCCAAAGUGACCUUCUGGAGAACAUCUGGAAGCUUGAGAGCCUCUUCCAUAAUCAUAGCGAACAGCUGUUGCUGUUAGGGCGUCUGGCACAAGGCUUGGAGCGUGACAUCAAAGAUUUGCAGGCCUUCUCUGAACACACCACAGACUCUGUGGCUCAACUCUGGGACCAUCUGGCCAUGAUCAGCCACUCCAGCCAGAGGAACAGCAGCAGACUGGGAGAAGAAUUAGCCUUUGCUGCUGGCUCUAUUCGAAGCCAAGAUGCAAUUUUAAAGACAAUGGUGGUAAAAGUAGAAACACUACAGGAGCGUCUGGAGGAGGUGGGAUGGACAGUACAGACAUUAAACCAUUCGCUUAGUGGAGAUGUCAGUCUGCACCAGGUGAAAAUCUGUGAACUGCAGGAGAAGAUUGGGAAUGUGUCUCAUGACACCACAAGCAUGAGGAUCACACAGUUACACCUGGAAGAGCAGCUCAGGAAUGAGAUCGAAGUGCUGAAUGUCAUCACCAAAGAUCUGAGGCUAAAAGCAUGGGAGCAAUCCGUGGCACUCCAAAACUUAACUGUAUUACAAGGGCCAGCAGGACCAAAGGGUGAGAAAGGUGAUGUGGGGCCCCUAGGACCAGCUGGACUUCCUGGUCUGACAGGAAUAAGAGGUUUGCCAGGAGAAAAGGGCAUGCAAGGUCCUCGGGGACUGACAGGACAAAGUGGUCAAGAUGGACACAAUGGAGAAAAAGGAGAUACUGGGCCUGAAGGACCCAAAGGUGUGAAAGGAGAAAGAGGACAGAAAGGAGAGAAAGGAGAGCGUGGAGACAAAGGAGGGAAAACAGUGGAAGAAACUCUGGUAAGGCUGGUGAACGGCUCUAGGCCUCACGAGGGUCGAGUGGAGGUGUUCCAUGAGCUUCGAUGGGGGACGGUGUGUGAUGAUGUCUGGGACAUGAAAGAUGGAGACGUUGUGUGCAGGAUGCUGGGCUACCGUGGCGCCAAAGAAAUCCACAAAACAGGCCGGUUUGGACAAGGCACUGGGUUAAUCUGGAUGGAUGAUGUUGCUUGUGCUGGUACUGAAGACGCUAUUCACAAGUGUAAAUUCUCAGGAUGGGGAAAAACCAACUGCGGUCACGUAGAAGAUGCAGGCGUGACCUGUAACAUAUAGCCUGUUUCAAGUCUUCAAUAUCCUAACUGUAAAAUGGACAGUUAAGAUGUAAAUGUGAAUUAUUUGCAGGCCCUGAGGAAGCCGUGUCUGUGUCCUUCUUAUGAAUCAAUCUGUGGCAGAGUAACAUAUCAGCCACAGUCUCAAAUCCUACCUGCAAAGAACUACUACCCAAAUACUUCAGCCAUAUCCAUCAGAUGGGGGAAGAAUAUCCCACAUGCGUUUGCAUGUGUGAGUGCUAUAUGCUGCUGCUUUAUUGUAGAUUUUUUUUUUAAAUCUUUAAACAAAAACCUAGUUGAAGUUUAUGUUGUGUAUAGAUAUAUGCAUUUAACUUUCCAAAGAGAUUUAAGGACACACACUAGUAUAUUUUUUAUAACUUUUAACUUUUAAAAUAGUAAGUAUUGUAAGUAGUUCCAAAUGUGCCUAAAACAUCGAUCAAAACAGACAUGUCAUGGCAUGGUCAGCAAUUGUAUACCUCGGUUAAUGGUGAGGACCAAUUACAGUCAGUAUUAAUUGUUCAUUUGCUUCAUUAUAACACUAAAAUAUCAGUAUUGGUUCUCCUUUAACCAGUAAAUAUUUUUUACUUAAUUUAGUGUUGCAUAGCAUUAUCCAAUGUGAAUGAUGCAAAUGAUUCAAUAAAAUAUAUAUUCUAAAUAUCAGUAAUCAAAUAGUGAUUAUCUUUAACCAAAUAAUUGUAAAUAUAUUAUAUUUAACUUACAGAUGACUAUGGGCUUGAUGUGCCCAAUUUGGAUUUUCUAGUGGACACUUUAACCACAAGUUAUAAAACAAGACAUAGAUUUGACACAUUUGAUAGGUGUGCAGUAUUAUUUACAUAAUAUUAAUUAUGUUUUAUAUUAUCCUAAAGAAAUGGUGGUUUACUUUGCAUCGGAGCAUUAAAAGUGGUAGCCUUUUUUAGUGAGCUACACUACAUGAAUUUAUCCCACUGCGCAAUGUGCCUUCGGAGUGACGUUUUUUUCAUGGUUGAACGGCAAGAUGACGUCCAAGUUGGGUCAUGGUUGGACGUCCAUAUAGUGGAUCUAGUUUGGACGUCUAAUAGAUGUUCAGAAAAGGUCAUGGACCGAUGGACCUGAUAUAUCCGACGUCUAUCCGACGUCCAAUGUUUGGUGGAAUAUGCAAAAUGUAAAUUUUCUCACAUAUUAGUCCUGUAUUUUAAUUUAUAUUUUAAAAUUCCUUUAAUAAAAAAUGCAUUUUUAUCACGCA